ACCCUGCAAGGAACUGAGGGGCCGUGGGACAUCCACGAAGAGAUCCUCAAAGAUGUCUCCGAGCCAGCAGAGUCUCUGAACUGUUUGAUCACAUUCCAGCUCUUCCCAUACCUCAAUUUCUGUUGCUAUGGAGACUUCCAACGGGACUGAGACCUGGUACACGAGCCUCCAUGCUGUGCUGAAGGCUCUGAACACAACCCUUCACAGUCACUUGCUCUGCCGACCUGGGCCAGGACCAGAACCAGACAAUCAAACUGAGGAUCGUCGGGCUAGCCUUCCUGGUCGUAAUGACAACUCCUACAUGUAUAUUCUCUUUGUCAUGUUCCUAUUUGCUGUCACUGUGGGCAGUCUCAUCCUGGGAUAUACCCGUUCACGCAAAGUGGACAAACGUAGUGACCCCUAUCAUGUGUACAUCAAGAACCGUGUGUCUAUGAUCUGAUAUGAGGUACCUGAGGACAAUGGGAGAUUACAAUGUCUGAGGAUUGUCUUCUGGGGCCUCCGGAACUCAUCUCAACCAUAUCAAGCCACAGUGUAUCUUUAUAAGGUCAACAGGAAACUGGUAAGAGGGUUAGGUCAUUAUUAGGACCAGAGAGAGGGGCUGAUAGGUCCAGUCUUGUGGAUGAGACAUUUUUUCGAGACACAGAUGUGCAUUAUAAACUCAGAGCCCAUGAACACAUAUAUAGAAGUACGGACAACCAGCAAGUAGAAGAGGAAGCUGUGGCGAAGGGAAAUGGGGCAAAAAGAUGCUCUGGAUGUAUAAUCGUUUAAUGUAUGAUCUUCAACAUGAGAAACCUUGAUAAAAAUGAGAAAGC